AUGUCGGCGUGUUCAGAUACGUUAUGUCCACCGCCACAUUUACCACCAGAUUCACCUGGUUCAGCAGUCUCAUCUCGAUUACAGAACGAAUAUGAUGAUAUUUUAUUGCGUGCCGUAUUGAUACCAACUUCUUAUCCUGAUGAUUUAACAAAUACGAACGAAAUACCGUCUGCUGUUAAUGGUCGUCGAACACCGACAUCGAGAAUUGAAAAAACUAAUAUUGAUUUGAUUGAUUUGAAUAGUCCGACACAACAACACACAUUAGAAAAUAGUAGAAUACGUGAUGGUCCGUUAAAUUCUUUGCUUUCUUCAAUGGCAGCCACAUCUGCUAUUUCCAUGACAGACCAACAAAAACGGCAGCAACAGCAGAAGGAAAACGAUGAAAAAAUUCAUAUUGGAGGAUGUGGUAAUAGUAUUGAUCAACAUCUUGCUAGAUACUCCGAAUUAAUUGCAGUGGAUAUGGAAACAAAACCAUUAACAGAAAAAAUGGAUCAUUGGUAUCUUGAUUUUAAAAAAAGUUUAACGAACGAAAUUGAAAAGUUACGUUUACAAUUUUUGGAAGAAGCACAACAGACUACACUUCGUGAAAAACAAAAACAAGCAAAAGAAUAUAUACGUUUAAAUCAAGAUAUUAAAUUAAUGAAAGAUAUGUUAACAAAAUAUGAAUUAACCAUUGAACAAAAAGAUCAAGCUCAAACAAAUUUAAAUAAAGCUCUCAAUUUACUUUAUUCAAAAACUGUGGGCUAUCGUCGAUAUUAUGAAUGGCGUACGACAUAUGCUGAUAAACGUCGUCAAAUAUUCACUGAACAAUUAGCUAAACGUUACUAUGAACAAAAAUUAAAACGUCAAGCAAUGUUAAAAUGGAAACAAAUGACUGAACGACAAUGGAAACAGCGUUUUGAGACAGCAUGUGAAAAAAAAGCAAAAGAUAUUUGUUUGGAAAUAGGUAAUGAUUAUGAAUUAAAAUGUACACAAUUAGAAUUACAAUUGGUACAAGCAAAUGAUGAAAUUGCUCGUUUAAAACAAGAUCGAGAUACUCAAGAUGAAACAAUGAAAAAAGCUUUUAUGAGAGGUGUUUGCGCAUUAAAUUUAGAGGCUAUGAGCGUAUUUUUGAAAAAUACGUGCGAUGGUGAACAACAACAACAAAAUAUCAAUAAUAAUAGUAGUGUGAUAGAUCAGGUAAAACGAACAACAUCCAAUGAAUUAUUAACAGAUAAUAGUACUGUUAGACAAUAUUCAUCUGAUGAACAACCGUGUAUCACAACCACAACAGAUGAACGAGAUACAAGUUUAAAUAGUAGUCACCAUAGACCAUACCAUUCAUUUCCCACACAUGUUUAUAAAGAAUUUUUACCGAGUACAAUUUAUAGAACUGGCGAACCACAUAGACAACAACAUGAACAAAAAGUAGGAAAAAAUAAGCGUACUAGUAGUGCUGGUACUAAUGAAAAUCGUUAUAUUGCGUCUCGAAAACGCCAGAAUUAUUCGUCUCGUCAUCCAUCAAGUGGUAGUGGUAACAAUAUUGUUGUUGAACGUCACGCUCCAAUUAACAAUAUUCGAUCAUGA